AUGGCAGCUGCUUUGAAGAGCUUGGAGGACCCCUGCGUGGACGUGCGCCGCGUGGCUCUGCGCACCCUGGCGCAUCUGGCCGCUCCCGGCGAUGCCUCGGCGCUGCAGCGCGCCGCGGAGCGCUUCGCCGACCGCGCGUGGCCCGUGCGCUGGGCUGCGAUCGAUGCCGUGGCCUGGCUCGCACAAGGAGGCACUGGCGCCACAGUGGCACGAGCUUUUGAGAUGAUCUCGGUGCGUUUAGAAGAUGUGGACUGGCCAGUUCGCAUGGCUGCGGCCAUUGGACUUCGCAACUUGCUUCAUUUUCUUUCGGCGAUGUCUGAAGAGAUGAGGACAGAUGACUUGGAGGCACAUGACGUGGGAAGCAUUGAGGAUGUGAAGAAUCAGCUGGGUCUUGUGCUACACCCAUUGCUGAAACUCCUGCGAGAUCCAGCAAAAGAGAUGAAACUGGCGGCUUUGGAGCUUUUAGCACUGCUUUGCGAGCAGACAAGAAGUGCGUCUUUCAGCAGCCAGCUGCGCAACCAGCUGCAGCACCUCUCACAGGAUCCAGACCUUGCGCGUGCUGUGCAAGCUGCCCAUGAAGCCAUCGAGAGAAGCUUCAGGCUUGAAAGCCAAAAGGUGCCUGAGUCAAGCAAGAGCAUGUAG